AUGCGCUGUAAAUUCUCGCGUGGCCGAAUCAAAGCGGCCGCACCGCCACGUGGCACACCGAUCUAUCAGUUUUUCGAAACGGACACCAACAACAACCACAACACAGAUAAUAUUGAGAAUGAUGAGAAUAAUUAUAUUAUUCAACAACAGAAAACCGAACCCGACCACCACCACCAUUUAUAUGUAAAAACACUGGAAAAUUUCAUUUUUGCGACUGAAAAACUUGGAAUCGACGGAUUAGCUAAGCAAUAUAGGAAAUUGGACGCCCAACUGGACUCGUCGCUAAGUUUCGACGCCUUCAAAAUUAAUAUGCACAAGAAUCGGUAUUCAGAUGUCGUGUGUCGUGACAACACCCGCGUGAAACUCACCAUUGACGCCAGUAACCACGGUGACUAUAUCCACGCGAACUACGUCAAAACUCCGUAUCUUCACAACACAUUCAUCUGCACACAAGGCCCGCUACAGUAUACCGUCAUCGAUUUUUGGCGAAUGGUGUUUCAGGAGCGGGCGCAAAGUAUUCUGAUGCUUUGUAGAGUAAUCGAGGAGGGCCGUCCGAAAUGUGUGAUGUACUGGCCGGCAAACGGGGAAGAGGAAAAAUACGGUUGUAUUCGGGUCAAAAAUAUGGGUGAGAGCAAUGACGAGUUCGAAGUCGUCAAUUUGGCGGUGACUUUUGUGCCCGACGAGGUGGCGGCCAAUGAGCAACCGGCGGAUAAGACAGAGUUGAGAGUGAAUUUGAUCAAGUGGCCCAACUGGCCCGACCGAGGUGUGCCCGACGAAAAGUGUCAUACAGUACCCCAGAGGCUACUCGCUCAAGUCAGACAAGGUCCGUGCGUUGUGCAUUGCUCAGCUGGUAUCGGGCGGACGGGUUGUGUAGUUGCACUGGAAUUCGCGUAUACCAGAUUGAACAAAGGGAUGAAGGUGGAUUUUGAGGAGAUCGCCAUGGAACUCCGAAAACAACGUGCCCAAUGCAUUCAAACCGAAAUCCAAUAUCUCUAUAUCCAUCGUGUAAUGAUUGCGUUCGCCAGAGGCGAAGCGGAAAUUUCUGAGAAGGCUGGCGCGUCGGCGGACGCGUUUCUGAAAGCCUACGACGCUCAUCUGAAGAGGAACUAG